AUGAAGGCGGACUACAAGGUGCCGCUCGACACGGUUCCCAACCCAGAGGCUGGACGCGACGACGUCAACACCGGCGGUCGCGGUGGAGAUGUGCUCCGACAGGAAACUCAGGCACAUGACAUCGACUUGCCUCCCAACAAGCCUCACCUGCACCCGAGCGCUAACGAGUCGCACAAGCAGGUCCACUCCAGCACCAAGGGUCCCGAUAAGCCUGAUGUAUGA